AUGCGUUCAACUGGAGGUCCUGUGGCUCCUCUAGCUCCUGUAUUUCCUGUGGCUCCUGUGGCUACUGUAGCUCCUUUGUCUUCUGUGGCUCCUGGAACCCCUUUGGCUUCUCUGGCUCCUGUAGCUCCUGAGGCCCCCGUAGCUCCUGUGGCUUCUCUAGCUCCUGUAGCUCCUUUAGCCCCUUUGGCUCCUGUAGCUCCUGAGGCCCCUGUGGCUCCUGUAGCUCCUGUGGCUCAUUCAACUCCUGUGGUUCCUGUGGGUCCUGUGGCUCCUUCAACUCCUGUGGUUCCUGUGGCUCCUUCAACUCAUGUAUCUCCUGUAAAUGCUGUGGCUUCUAUAGCUGCCGUGGCUGCUGUAGCUCCUUUUGCUCCUGUGGUUCCUGUGGCUCCUUCAACUCAUGUGGUUCCUGUGGCUCCUCUGCUGUGGAAACUGUCUCCUGCGGCUCUUCUAGCUCCUGUGGCUCCUGUAGCUACUGUGGCUCCUGAGGCUCCUUUAGCUCCUGUAGUUCCUGUGGCUCUUGUGGCUCCUGAGGCCCCUGAGGUCCCUGUGGCUCCUGUAGUUCCUAUGGCUCCUGUAGCUCCUUCAACUCCUGUGGUUCCUGUGGCUCCUCAGGCUCCAGUGGCUCCUCUAGCUCCUGCGGCUCCUUCAACUCCUGUGGUUCCUGUAGCUCCUUCAACUCCUGUGGCUCCUGUAGCUCCUGAGGCCCCUGUGGCUCCUGUAGUUCCUAUGGCUCCUGUAGCUCCUGUGGCUCCUUCAACUCCUAUGGUUCCUGUGGCUCCUCUAGCUCCUGUGGCUCCUGUAGCUCCUCUAGCUCCUGUUUAG